AUGUCUAAAAAGGGUUUGAAAUCAAAGAAGGAUGAAAAUCAAGAUUUGCAGAAACAAAUUGGAUGUAUUAGUGGAUUUUUUCAGUUGUUUGACCGUCACAGAUUCCUCACAGGCCAAACCAACAGUCACAACAAUAUACCAAAUCAAGGGGGAACAAGUAAUAACAUCAAAGAGGUGAAUAAUGUAACACAAAAGGCAAAGAAUGUGAAGGUUGCAAGAGAGAAUCAACAAUGCUCCGCGGAAUUGUCGUCUGGGACAUCAAUGUUUUCGUCGUCUUGCUCGUCUAGCAUGUCGUCGCUCGAGUUUAAUCGAGCAAUCCUGAUAGAACCACCACCGUUGAUAACUCAAAUGAAAAUCCACGAGGACUCGAGCUCAGAAGCAGUGGUGAAGCAACGCGAUAAGUCACUUGAUUUACAUGAUAUUGUCAAAGACUCAAUGCGUGUAGAUUCGCAAAGGUUAUCGGUGAAAACUAUGGCUAAACAGGAAAAGAAGAGUCGAGUACUGAAAAAUGUAGACUCUCCGCGGCCUAUGGCUGCUUGGGAUUCACCGAGACUCUCCUAUGAUGGGAGAGAUUUACAAACUGCAUUAAAAUCUGCAACGAAGUUUAAGGAACUUCCUAGGCUUUCCUUGGACAGCAAGGAAAGAUCAAUCAAAAGUUUCAACGAAGGAGCGAAAACUCGAAACCUUUUGAAGGGUCCACAGAGAGCGUGUGGAGGCUCCAACGCAAUCGGAAAGCAGAUAGAAGAACCAGAAAGUGCGAAAAGAUCAUCGAGCGUUGUGGCAAAGUUGAUGGGAAUAGAAGCAUUCCCCGACUGGAAUGAGGCUUGUGACAGCUGCAUUACUGACAAAAACGAGACGUUUAUAGAGUCUAGGAAGGAUGGCUUGAUCACGAAUGUAACACCGUAUUCAGAAUUUUCCAAGAGUAACGAAUCUUCGACAAAAGCAUCAAACCGAUCCCUCUCGGUUUACGGUGAGAUUGAGAAAAGGAUGGCAGAUCUCGAGUUCAAAAAGUCCGGAAAGGAUCUUCGAGCCCUUAAACAGAUUCUUGAAGCAAUGCACAGAUACAAAGAAUCAAUAGAUACUACAAGUGAUCAGGCUUCGAAUUCUCCAUAUGACAAUAGGAGUAAUAGUAGUGUCAGCGAAAGCUUGAGUAUACAGAGCCCGAGAACACAGCAGAAGCACCCGACAUCGGUCGCUGUUGAGAGGCCGAAUUCAACUCAGGGUAGUAAAUCACCAAUUGUCAUCAUGAAACCAGCAAAGGGUGCAAGGAAAACGAAUAAUUUUUCGUCAACAGAAAGUUCAAUUCCUGGUAAAUCAUCAAGUAACAAGGUUUACCGCGGUGAUGUUACAAAUGUCAAAGAUCCUCGUGAUAAAUGCAACAAGAUAACUUCAAAAUUGAUCCAAUCCUCGAAAGUUCCUCGAGUCAUCGUUGCAGAAAACAACACCAGCUCCAGCAUGACAACAGAGACUAGGAGUCCGAGACUACAAAAGAAGUUCGGUUUGGAGAGGCGUUCCCCGCCAACCAGCCCAUCAUCAGAUAUCAGCGGUAACAGAAGACAACAAAAUAAGCAAUCAACGGAAUUGUCUUCCCCGAGUAAAACAUCUAGACAAAAAUUCUCUACUAAGAAGGAAAAAAGUGAAAGUUUCAGUGAGAUCGGCUAUCAAAGGAGGGAUUUUAAGCAAGUUGAAGCUGUUUCUAGCAGUGAUAUAAAAGACUCGAGCAACGAAAACCUUUCGGCUGAAUCAAAAGCUACUGCAGAACAACCAAGUCCUGUUUCUGUUCUCGAUGCUACGUUCUAUCGAGAAGAUCCACCUUCUCCGGUAAAAAGGAAAUCAGACAUCUCAAAAGAUUUAGAGGAAGCUCUGAAUACUUGCGGUAUUAGCGAGGAGGAUUCAGAAGACGUCGCUCUUUCAUCCAACACAAACACGAAAGUCAACUUCAGCGAUGGAACCGACGAUAUUGACUUGAUAACUCGUAAUUUGGUUCAAGUUCUUCAACAAUUUGACCACAGCGACGAUGAAAGAUUUACGAAUUUCAGCGACCACAAAGAUCCCGACCACAAAUAUAUAUCAGAAAUACUGCUAGCAUCAGGGAGACUCACCAGUCCCGGCUCUAGCAAGGCAUUGCAUUUUUCGGGUUACCCGAUUAACCCAACGUUGUUUCUUGCACUAGAGAAAAUCAAAACAAACACGACGAAUUUCAACAUUGCUCAGACAAACAACACACAAGAGAAGAUGCAGAGAAAGCUCGUAUUCGACGUGGUAAGCGAAAUUCUAUUUCAGAAGCUUAUAAUCGAGAGUUCUUACAAGCCAUAUCAUCCGGAAGGAAGAAAACCAGAAGGACAACAGCUUCUGGACAUGCUUUGCACAGAAAUUGAUAAACUACAGCAUUAUAAUCGCAACGUCGACCUGGCUAACGAGGACGAGUAUUUGACGAGUAUCGUUUCGGAAGAUUCGGUGCAGCAUUGCACAACUACAGAAUGCUGCAAUGAGAUACCAAAUCUUGUGUUGGAUAUUGAAAGAUUGAUCUUCAAAGAUUUGAUAACUGAAGUUGUAAGAAGUGAAAGACUAACAACUCUGGUGAGUAUUGCAUGA